AUGCUAAAUAGCGAAACGUCGUGGUUUCAUCAUGAUCGCCGGCGUCUCCUCCUUAUCGCCGUUGGGAUUCUGGUCUCGUCUAGUUUGGUUUCCUUCUCUCAUGGAGUUUCUUCUUCUUGCCAUCUUACUUCCUCAGCCUCACUUCAAGGAGUGAGGAGGCAAAUUCUGGAAGGAGGGAAUGGUACAUUGGUGUUAGCGGCGGAGAGGACACGGCGGCCUGACCCUCUCAACCAUUUCAAUAUUUAUACCGAUGGUUGGAACGUUACCAAUUAUCAUUACAUCGCCUCCGUUGGAUUUUCUGCAGUUCCAUUCAUAGUAAUAGCCAUCGUGUGGUUCGUAUUGCUCGGACUAUUCCUCAUAUGCUCAUGCCUCUGUUGCUGUUGCUGCGGUUGCGGCCGACGGAGCUACGGCUACUCACGCGUCUGCUACACUCUCUCUCUCGUCUUCCUCCUCCUCUUCACCGUCGCCGCUGUGAUUGCGUCUACGAUGUUGUACACUGGGCAAAAAGAGUUCUACGGUAGCGUGGAGAAGACGUUUAUGUACAUUGUGAAACAAGCUACUGGAGUUUUGGGUAAGCUUACGAGCUUAUGGGACUCGAUUCAAUCAGCUAAAGACAUUCAGCUCGAUGGACAUAACCUGUUUCCUCCCGAGUUUAGAGGUAACAUCGAUCAUUUCAACAACAUGAUCAAGAUGUCUAACAUCACUUAUCCCGACCGUGUCGCUAAUCAGACAAUCCGUUAUCUUACCGGAGCACUAAACCCUGUGAGAUUGGUGUUAAAUGUGAUCGCUGGUAUUAUGCUCGCAGUCGCAUUCCUCGGACUAUUGUUUUCCUUCUGUGGACUGCGAGUUCUUGUCUACCUAUUAGUAAUUCUGGGUUGGAUUCUCGUCACAGCAACGAUCAUCCUCAGUGCCGUCUUCCUCGUCUUCCACAACGUGGUUGCGGACACGUGUAUGGCUAUGGACCAAUGGGUGCAUGAUCCAGCGGCAGAGUCAGCGUUGAGCCAGCUUCUUCCAUGUUUAGACCCUAAAACCAUUGGAGAGACGUUAGAUAUAACCAAGACCAUGACUUCUACGGCCGUUGACAUGACCAAUGCGUACACGGUUAAUGUCAGUAACCAUGAGUUCCCACCUAAUGCGAUCCCUUUCUACCAUAACCAGUCUGGUCCGCUCGUUCCUCUUCUCUGUAACCCACUCGACAAAAACCACAACCCUCGACCUUGUGCUCCUGACGAGAUUCUCCUCGCCAAUGCUUCUCAGAUAUACAAAGGCUUUGUGUGUCAAGUGAACGCAGAAGGGAUUUGCAUAACGCAAGGAAGGUUAACUCCAGCUUCAUACGACCAGAUGAUGGGAGCGAUCAACGUGGGGUUCACGUUGGACCAUUACGGUCCGUUCUUGGCUAGUAUUGCGGACUGCACCUUCGUCCGAGACACAUUCAGAGACAUAACGACCAAGAACUGCCCUGGACUCAGCAUCACCAGCCAGUGGAUCUACGCAGGCCUCGCGUCACUCUCUGGUGCGGUCAUGUUCUCAAUCAUCUUCUGGUUGAUUUUCGUCAGAGAAAGACGUCACCGAUCUCAUACUAAGAAGUCUAUGGUCGAGAUGAAUAGGUUUUAG